UAUGAUAACUGUCUUGAUAGGAACUUGUAUCAUAAGAUAAUGUUUACUGUCUAAUACAUUACAAUUGUAUAAUGCAACAUUAUCAAUAUUCAAACACAUUCUCAUUUAUUAAGGACUUUUAGGAAGCAGGCUUUGUUUCCAUAUAAUCCACCUUGUUAUCGUAAAACUUGACAAGAACAGAAGUUACAAAUGUGUUCAUUGUUCAGACCUCAUAGUAGACAUUACCCCUUUUUGUCAUAAGCCAUAAUCUAUACAUUAUGAAACCAUCUGAGAAACUUAUUUACUAUCUUUUAAACUAGAGAAUAAUUAAAAAAUAUAAAUGUUCUUUGAAAUAUUUAGAUUUUCUUCCUAAGGGUGUCUUAGCAUGGAUUGAUAUACUCCUAUGGCAUAAAGCUAUUGAGUAAUUAGCAAUGAGAUGACUGAAAAAACCCAAAGUAAUAGUUCUGUGUCCUUCUUAAACCAGGACUCCUAAAUCUGCUUUUCUUUAUUGAUAUAAUGAGUGGAGAAUUAAUUUUAAAAGGUGGUGGCUAUUGAUUACUUAAUGGAAGAUGAUAGUGUAGAGAAAUGCUGAAGUGAGUCUAUUCUGUGCCCUCCUGUGCAACAGGACCCAUUAUCCAGUGGUGGAAAUCAUACCCUAACUCUCAUUAAUAUUUAACAGGCUAGAUGUAGGCUACAAAAUUGCCUUGGGCAUGGACUCCAAUCGGACAUAGAAUGGUUUUAAGUAUAUAAAAGAGUAAUAGAUUUCCCUGUGUUCAGAUUGUUUAUAAGCAGGACAACAAUACACUCAAUUCCCUUCUGUGAUUGCUGAGCAAUGACGGCCAGAUGGAAAGGCCUACUAGGCAAGCUGGAGUGAUUAAUACUCUGGGAAGCCACUCUAGACUAGUCAGUACUACAUAAGAAGACUGUAUUUUCCAGUGUGGUUCUCAAUUUCAGCUCUUCGCUUCCGCUUCUCUCACCACAGGCUGAAGGGCUUGUUCAGCAGGGGUGGCAAGUCAGCAAAAGGCGCUAAUUGUGUCUAACACAGACAUCGUCCUUGGGGCAAUAUUCUGUAUUACACCGUCUAUCAAGCUAACCCCUUUUCAUAUGUCAGGAUCUUUUUAUUUCAGUUCAUUUAAAAGGGAAACAAGGAUUUUUAAAGAUAGCUGGUAGGGAGACAGAGCUUCUAAGGACUAGGAGCCCUUGAAGCUGACUUGUACUAAAAUGGACUGUGAUUUCUGAAAGGACAAUAUAGUAGAUCCUCCAAUAAUAUCAUUUCCUCCAAUAUCAUUUUGUUAUAAUAACAUUGAUGGAGGAAAAAAAAUCAGUUCCUGACCAGGGUCACUGUCUGUGCAGGGUCUGCACAGUCUUCUCAUUUCUGUGUGGAUUUCCUCCCACAUCCCAAAGAAGUGCAUGUCAGGUCAACUGGCAUGUCAAAAUCGCUCCCCGACGAGUGAGUGUGGAUGUGUGCUUCAGUGCGCCCUGCAAUGGAACGGCACCCUGUCCAGGGCUGGUACCUGCCUUGUGCCCUGAGUCGUGGGGAUAGGCUCUAACCACUCACAGCAACCCUGAGCUGGUAUAACUGGCGAAGCAGCAGUUUUGGGAAUUUUGAUCGUUUUCGGAAUAAUUCUAUAUCAAAACCAGAUGAUUCAACUGAGGUACGUGAUGGAGAUCCCAUACAUGAAAGUGGAGAACCAAAUAAAACUUCAAAUAAUGGAGGAGGUUUGGGUAAAAAAAUGAGAACUAUUUCUUGGACAAUGAAGAAAAAAGUGGGUAAAAAGUACAUCAAAGCCCUUUCUGAGGAAAAGGAUGAAGAACAUGGAGAGGAUGCCCUUCCAUAUAGGAACAGUGACCCUGUGAUUGGGACCCACACAGAGAAGGUGUCCCUCAAAGCCAGUGACUCCAUGGAUAGUCUCUACAGUGGACAGAGCUCAUCAAGUGGCAUAACAAGCUGUUCAGAUGGUACAAGUAACCGUGACAGCUUUCGACUGGAUGACGAUGGCCCCUAUUCAGGACCAUUCUGCGGCCGUGCCAGAGUGCAUACGGAUUUCACACCAAGUCCCUAUGACACUGACUCCCUCAAAAUCAAGAAAGGAGACAUCAUAGACAUUAUCUGCAAAACACCAAUGGGGAUGUGGACAGGAAUGCUGAACAAUAAAGUGGGAAACUUCAAAUUCAUUUAUGUGGAUGUCAUCUCAGAAGAGGAAGCAGCCCCCAAGAAAAUAAAGGCAAACCGAAGGAGUAACAGUGAAAAAUCCAAAACUCUGCAGGAGUUCCUAGAGAGGAUUCAUCUUCAGGAAUAUACCUCAACACUUUUGCUCAAUGGUUAUGAGACUCUAGAAGAUUUAAAGGAUAUAAAAGAGAGUCAUCUCAUUGAAUUAAAUAUUGAAAACCCAGAAGACAGAAGGAGGUUACUAUCAGCUGCUGAAAACCUCCUUGAUGAAGAAAUUAUUCAGGAGCAAGAAAAUGAGCCUGUGCCCCUAUCCUUGAGCCCAGACAUCUGCUUAAAUAAGUCACAGUUAGAUGACUGCCCAAGGGACUCUGGUUGUUAUAUCUCAUCAGGAAAUUCAGAUAAUGGCAAAGAGGAUCUGGAGUCUGAAAAUCUGUCUGACAUGGUACAUAAGAUUACUAUCACAGAGCCAAGCGACUGAACACACAUUCUCAACUAUACACCUACAGAUGUGUUCCAUUUUAACUCUUCUUGAGCAAAAACAUCAAACAGGACAGGAAAUAAUUUGUAAAUAAAGCCUAGAGUUUAAAUGUUUUAAUCUGAAUUGUACAUAAAAUUUUGUAUCUCUAACAUUCCAAAUUAUUGUCAAUAAAACAUAUUUAUUAUUUUAAAUGCUAUAUGUUAAUAUUUCACUUGCCUGUAUUAGAAAGGUAUAAUGUAAGACUUCAGCAUGUGUGACAUAUGCUUUAUUUUAUAAAUACAAUACCUGCAAAAAACAAAGUAACCUUUUUUCAUACCUGCCCGUUUUGAAUUUGUAUAUGUUAUUGAAUGAAUAGUAAUAGAGAAAUCUCUGUGGAAACAAGUGGUCCAAGCAAUGUUAUAGUCAUUUUUAUACUUACUGGGAAAGUGUGAGUUAAUAUUCUACACAUUUUAUCCUGAUCCACAGUGGAGUUUUAGUAAUUAUGUUUUCUUGGUUUCUUCACUUUGUUUUCUGGUAUAAAAGUAUAGAUAAUGUGUUGUCACUUGUGACUUAGUGAAAACAAUUGUAAUAAUUAUGCAGAUGUUUUUGUCUUUAAGUGUAAAUAUUUUUAAGUUUGACAUACCCUGAUGUUAAUAAUAAAAAGAACUAUUUGCACACUGCA